UGCCUGUUCCUGGAGGAGCACAUCCGGGAGGCGGGCGAGCAGGGGGAGGCGGCGCUCCGGGACGCCAAGGCCAAGCUGGCGGGGCUGGAGGAGGCCCUGCAGAGGAACAAGGAGCGCGUGGCCCAGCUGGUCAAGGAGCACCAGGAGCUCAUGAACAUCAAACUGGCCCUGGACGUGGAGAUCCUCACCUACAGGAAGCUCAUGGAAGGAGAGGAGAGCAGCCUGGAGCAGCCCAUCCCCGCCGUCAUCAGCGCCGUCCGCUCCCGGCCCAGGCCCCUCUCCGCCACCGCCCGGUGCCAUUCCCGGCUUUUUGCCGGAGCGGGGCAGGGAAUUCCCGGCUCUUCACCCAAUGGAGGCGGCACAAAGACCCUCCGGGGGGCCCAGUGA